GAGAAACCGGCGAGCGAAGGGGACGGAAGGGAGGGGAGAGAGAGAGAGAGAGAGAGAGAAAAGAGGGGGAGCACAUGUGUAUGCUUGUCACUAAGGGGCUGGGAGAAGGACUACGGGAAGCGAGGUAGCUGGCCACAGCCGCCAUAUGCUGACUGGAUUCCUGUUCAUGUCUGCUGUGUGAAAACUGUAGGUUUCUGUUGUGUGCUGGCCGGCUGGGGAACACACCAUGGGAAGCUCACAUCUCCUCAACAAAGGCAUGCCUCUAGGCAUCAGGCCACCCAUCAUGAAUGGGCCCAUGCACCCGCGCCCCCUGGUGGCGCUGCUGGACGGACGCGACUGCACUGUGGAGAUGCCCAUCCUGAAAGACGUAGCAACCGUGGCCUUCUGUGACGCUCAGUCCACACAGGAGAUCCACGAGAAGGUGCUGAAUGAAGCUGUAGGAGCUCUGAUGUACCACACUAUCACUCUCAUGAGAGAAGACCUGGAAAAGUUUAAAGCUCUGCGCAUCAUUGUCCGCAUCGGCAGCGGCUACGACAACAUCGACAUCAAAUCUGCCGGAGAACUGGGCAUAGCUGUGUGUAAUAUGCCAGCAGCCUCGGUGGAGGAGACGGCGGACUCCACGCUGUGUCACAUCCUCACCUUGUACCGACGCACCACCUGGCUGCACCAGGCGCUCCGGGAGGGGACGCGGGUUCAGAGCGUGGAGCAGAUCCGGGAGGUGGCGUCGGGAGCCGCGAGGAUCAGAGGAGAGACGCUGGGACUUAUAGGGCUCGGUCGAGUGGGCCAGGCUGUAGCCCUGCGAGCCAAAGCCUUCGGCUUCAAUGUGAUCUUCUAUGACCCGUAUCUGGCUGACGGGGUAGAAAGAUCACUGGGAUUACAAAGGGUCACCACACUACAGGACCUGCUCUUCCACUCCGACUGCGUCUCUCUGCACUGCAGCCUCAACGAACACAACCACCACCUGAUCAACGACUUCACCAUCAAACAGAUGCGUCAGGGGGCGUUCCUGGUGAACACGGCCAGGGGGGGUCUGGUGGAUGAGAAGGCCCUGGCUCAGGCCCUGAAGGAGGGGAGGAUACGUGGAGCUGCUCUGGAUGUUCACGAGACAGAGCCUUUCAGUUUCAGUCAGGGUCCGCUGAAGGACGCUCCCAAUCUGAUCUGCACCCCGCACGCUGCCUGGUACAGCGAACAGGCGUCGCUGGAGAUGAGAGAGGAGGCAGCCAGGGAGAUCCGGAGGGCUAUAACAGGUCGUAUCCCUGACAGUCUGAAGAACUGUGUGAAUAAGGAGUUCCUCUCCCAGAACAACCACUGGGCCGGAGUUGACCCGGCCACCGUCCACCCCGAGCUCAACGGGGCUUAUAGGUAUCCCCCAGGAGUGGUGGCCUUGCAAGCCGGCGGCCUCCCGCCACCUGUUGAAGGCAUCGUUCCCAGCGCCGUGCCCAUCGCACACACCCUCCCGCCCGCCAUCAUACACCCUCCUCAUGCCCCGUCCCCCGGACAAAAUACAGUCAAGCCACCAGAGGGCGACAGAGAGCAGCAUCCGAAUGACCAACUGUAGCCACAAACACAAACGCACACACACACGCUUGCCUGUGUUGUCUGGUGAUUGGAGGAGGUUGGCACGGCAACCGGGAUCAUAGCGAUGAGUUCCCUAGUGACAAGUUGUUAUCAGACAGGUUCACAGAGUGUCAGACGGACAGGUCGACGUCCCAAUAACAAUCGAUUCACAACUCUCUGGCAAAUUGGUUCCCAGCAGCCAGUUCACGCUCCAAAGAAGAAGAAGAUAAAGAGGAUGAUGAAGAGGAGUGGAUAGCUGUCAGAUGCUCUAAUCACAGAGCAAGACAGUUGUCCUCUGCUCCUACCAGAAGUCCUGAGAAAGACUGUAAAAGAUCCACAGGUUGAUCUAACAACUACAGUAAAGUCGAGUUUCUGCCAGACGUAAAAAAAAAAAUAAUAAUAACAAAAAGAUUUGGGAAGAAAAAAUACCGUCUUAGACUGUAGUGUGUCCAAAGUUAGAGGGACAGGUUUCAUGUCUUUCUCUCUUUUUCUGUGUCCUUUCCUUAGUUUGAUGUACAAGCAAAAGUAGUAGGUUAUGAAAUGAAUGUAACCUGUCUGUGUACAGUUUUUAGACUUACGGCAAGAAGAUACUGAUAUUUGUAUGCCAGUCUUAACAAAACAAGGGUUAUGUGAUCUCUCUAUGUAGCCAAACUGGUUGAGAAUACAAUAUCUGUUUUUGUUUUAUGUGUCCCCAAAUUAACAAGCCCCCUAACCCUAACCCCCCCCCCCCCAUCCCCCAAAAAAGAGGCAGCUUUUUGCACACCAUCUCAGGAAAUUAAGUUUCCGCAGUUGGUAAUAUUAUUUUUUAAAUUUGUUUUAAAACUUCCUUUUUAUGCCACUUAGUGCUUUUGUUUUUCUACCUGCUUGCCUUUUUUCGUGUCCUGCUACAUUAGAUAAAAAGAACUUUAACGAGAGCUAAAGUUGAUCUAAUGUUUGCUUUUGUUUGUUAUGUUUAAGGGGCAUGAUGUGAUUUUUGCUCUUGGGACUUGUGUAAAUGUUUGACCCAAAUCGAGGAGGGUUGCGGGAGGAAAAGGCCGUAGGGAGGUGGUGUAAUGGUAUGCUUGGCUGGGACGACUUCAUCCCAUUUGAAUUUAGAAAAUAGAGUGGUUUGAAGUACAAAGCAGUUUGUGGAAAAGGGCAAUGCACUGAGAGUUGUAGCAGCUUGAGAAACAGUCUCAUAAAAGGUUAUUAUCUUUAAUGUCUUCGUGUCUAAUGAUCCAGUACUUCCACUAUUAUACACAUUAAUUGGAGCAUGAAGAGUUCAGCACACCGAAGUUUACAAAUAAUGCUCAACGUCACGAAUCAGUUUGUUGCUUUAUGCCAUGCUAUCUGUCAAAUCAGCUAACAGACUUGUUAAAAACUCCAUAUAUAAGUUAUUCAACUGCUUUGCUUUCUGCACAAAACCAGUUUUGGUUCCUAUUUGACAUUAAAUUCACUUGUACAGAUGUCACAUCCCAAGGCGUAUAAAUAGCACGACAUUAGCGUGUCAUGAGAACGCAUUUUUGUCUUAACGGUAACGUUCACAGCUAUACCUACAAAAAGUAAUACGCUGUAAUUCAUACAUAUCCCACGAAAUCAAUUUGUAUGUAAUCCAUGUUAUUGUGAACCAGGAAGUAUAAAAAGUGGCAAACGUGUAGGGAGGUCGGAGUGGAUGGAUGGGUGGGUAAAAAAUCGACGGACUUUCGCCCAGGGGACCACUGUUCGUACUCCGUGUGAAACCAGAGGUCAACGUUGAUUUAUUUGUCACGUGACUUCCGCACUUAUGUUACAUCACUUCUGGAGUCAUUUUAAGCCAAACCACGCUUUUUUCCUAAACCUAACCUAGUCAUUUUUGUCAUGUAACUUCUGUACUUAAGUUAUUUUAACUAACUACUUUUGUUGCCUAAACCUAACCUUCAGUUGUUUCCUGUAAAGACGGAAGUUUAUGCUUAACUUAGAAAAUAACUCAACAACGCUUUAGGACACAAACAACGGUCUCCUAGUUGAAAGUCCUGUGUUUUCUAUCCACCUUCCCUCCCACCCACCUUUUUAGAAAAAGGAAAAGAUAAGCAGUCUUUCUACACUUUUUAUUCUACGUCACUAGCUCUGAGCGUAGCAUAUUUACGCGGAUGUGUUUACAUUGCAGUCAGUACAGACUACAUGGCGUACAAAUGACACGCCAAAGUUAAGGACAGUUAAUGGUCACUGACUGAUGAGGAACAGUUGUGUUAGGUCAAACCUAAUUUUUAUAUUUUUGAUCCGCUCCCAAAUCCACCUGUUACACUAUGACUGAUGUCUCAAGUCUAGUAUCCCUUUAACAUUUCAUGAUGGGUCCUUCCUGAGUAUACCGUUUAGCCACCCUCUGUGGCCUCUGUGUCUAUGUGUACAUAUGGUGUUCUGCCUGCCUGUGUCAAUGUGACUUGGUUGUAUCUGUGUCUAAAAAAGCAGCACUGGGAGGAGGGGUGGUGGCAAGUACUCUCCACAAGGCAUCAUUACAAAAACUGCCAUCUAAAUACACAACGAAACACUAUGUCAAAAAACUAAAAAACACUUAGAGCUAGAGUUCAAAUCUAAGCCAGCAAACUGACCCAGUAAUCUAUGUGUUUACUGGUUUACCACCAUGUAAACAAGAUGCUGUUGCGUCAACAGUGAAAUAUCUGAAACUCGUUUUCUAUCUGGAAUAUUUAUAACUGCUUCCAGUUCACGUGUUGUUGAUGUUAGCAGGCCAGCUCAGUGACGGUGCUUUUUGGAUCCCCUUCUACCAGCAGCUGAGUAGUAAAAACAGUUCACUGUUGCCUACCUGGUCUUCUUCAUGGUGAGGUAGUAAGAGUAGCAAUCAGGGAUGGAAAUUUCACUACCCAUUGGUGAGCGUUUCUGAGUUCUCACUGGCCAGAAUCUGAAGGGUCGUCUAGUACAGAAGGUACUGAGGCGACAUUUAAAUGUCACUAGCCGUGUUUCCAUUCAAUUGUCAAGCAAAUUCUAAGCAAACUUUUGAAAUGUCACAAAAAAGAAAUGCAAAUUAGGCGUGUUUCCAUCAACUGGUUUCAAGCGAAUAAACUUGGCUACAGCGUAGUUUGGUCAGAAGUUGCCGCAAUAGGCGCCACGUGGCUAUAAUCCCCAAGUAAACUGAGUAGGAGAAGUAGAGAAAGUCGACUUGGUCAUGCAUGCAUCUAACUGUCUACGAGAGAAAAAUGGAAAGAUGUUUCAGGAGUUGGGCAAGUUGUAAUUGUUCUUGUCAGAUAGUAUUGCCCAUGUUUUAUGCUGUCUGUAGACAAAGACAAGCAUUCGCACGUUAUGGGAAUACCUGAGAUAACGCCGACUGCAGAAACAGCUGAUCAUUUUUUGAUAAAAACAAAAACCUCAAUAGAGAGUACAAUUUUUUUGCAGUUUCUAUACAGCUUCUGCGCAUAAAAAUAUGUGAAUGGAAACACGGCUAAUGUCAGAAAAGAGCCCCAAAAAUGCUGGAAUAGUUUGAAUUAUACUCUAUAAUCUUGACUCACCAGAUGCCUGCCGUUAUGUGGGGGGAUAAACUCUUCGCUAAUACUUCCUGAUAUAAACCGUAAGCAUUCCUCAUUCAAACCAAUGGGUGCCACAAAUAAAAACAACAGAGUAGCUUUUAAAACUGUCGAGGUGCUCCUUGAAAUUCCAUCCCUGGUAGUAACACACAGUCCACUGUUGCCUACCUUGGUCCCCUUUAUGGUAAAGUAGUAGGCGUAGCAAUAUACAGUAUACAUAUUCUAUAUUCUACAGUAAAUAUCAUUAUUUUUGGUCAAAACUGACAACCUGACAAAGAUAUGUUUGUGACUGUAUGCAUUUGUAUGAAUUAUUUUAAAAGGAAAUAAACUGUGGAAAGGUGAA